UUCUGAAUUAAACUUCUCCCUCAACUAGAAAUUGUGGCUGUUCAUGUGCAUGUUCCCAGUAAUAACUGUAGUUGACACUAUUUGACAGUAACUCACGCGGCCUACCAGCUAUUUAAGUGCCCACCAACUCCAUUAUCAACACAUGCUUGCUUUUGGCAGAAAUAGAAUACACUCUUAAGAUAAUCUUCAGAGGAAUCUCUGGCCAUCACCCGUUACGUAUUCUCACAACAAACAAUGGCUUCUUCUUCACGUUCACACACUUCUUCCAAGCUUCCACUGAAACCAAUACCUGGAGAUUGUGGCCUUCGCUUCUUCGGAGCCAUUAGCGACAGACACGAUUACUUUUACAGACAAGGCCGUGACAAGUUCUUCUCCUCCAGAAUCCGAAAGUACAACUCCACCGUUUUCCGUACAAACAUGCCUCCCGGCCCUUUCAUUUCCUCCGAUCCCAGAGUUGUCGCCGUGCUCGACGCCAUCAGCUUCCAGAUCCUCCUCGACAACUCCAAGGUCGAGAAACGCAACGUCCUCGACGGCACCUUCAUGCCCUCCACUGCCUUCACCGGCGGCUACCGUGUCUGCGCCUUCCUCGACACCUCCGAACCCUCUCAUGCUCUCCUCAAAAGCUUCUACCUCCACCUCCUCGCUUCCCGACACGACAGCUUCAUCCCGCUCUUCAGUGGCUGUCUGUCGGAGCUCUUCCAUGAGCUAGAAGACAAAUUCUCGGAGAAAGGUCAAGUCAGCUUCAACACAUUCAACGAUAAAAUGUCCUUCGACUUCGUGUUCCGCCUCCUCUGCGGGCCAAACUCGGACCCCAAGAAUACCAUACUCGGAUCGAACGGCCCGAAACUCUUCCAGAAAUGGUUGGCUGUACAGCUCGCUCCCCUAGGCACGCUUGGGCUUCCGAAGAUAUUCGACUACCUCGAAGAUUUCUUGCUUCGAACGCUGCCUUUCCCUGCGUGGAUCGUGAAAUCAGAUUACAAGAAGCUUUUCGACGUAUUCUCCACGGCUGCAUCGGCAACGCUGGACGAAGCGGAGCGUUUUGGGCUCAAAAGAGACGAAGCUUGCCAUAACCUGAUCUUCAUGGCGGGCUUCAACGCUUACGGUGGGCUCAAGAGCCAGUUCCCUAUACUGAUGAAGUGGGUGGGAUCCGCCGGAGGCAGCCUCCACAAAGAGCUGGCCGACGAGAUCAGAACCGUUGUGAAGGCGGAAGGAGGGAUCACUUUUGCAGCGCUGGAGAAGAUGACUCUGACCAAGUCAGUGGUGUACGAGGUCCUAAGGAUUGAACCUGCAGUACCGUACCAAUACGCUAAGGCGAGGGAGGAUCUGGUAAUCCAAUCCCACGAUGCAGCGUUUGAGAUAAAGAAAGGAGAAAUGAUCUUCGGAUAUCAGCCGUUGGCGACUAAGGAUCCAUUGGUGUUCGUGAAUCCUGAGGUAUUUGUGGGCCAUAGGUUUGUUGGGGAAGGAGAGAAGCUGCUCAAGUAUGUGUAUUGGUCGAAUGCACGAGAGACAGAGGAGCCAUCAAAGGAUGACAAGCAGUGCCCGGCAAAGAAUCUGGUGGUGCUGCUGUGCAGGGUAAUGCUGGUGGAGUUCUUCUUGAGGUACGACACGUUUACGGUGGAGAUUGGCAAGAGCAGUUCCAAUCUAGGAGCAUCAGUGACAUUCACUUCGUUGAUUAAAUCUAGCCGCUGAAUGUGGUUGGUCCCCUCCGAUAUAUUGUUCCCUUUGCUACUUUCACUCUUUGUUCGUAAUGUUGUUUUGCAUGCGACAGGCAACGUGGUACCGUGGAGAUGAGUGUGUGAAGUUCUUGAAGCAUGAUGUAUAGGGGAUUGCGGAGACAUAUUAUUUAUUUGCCACGAGUGAUUUAUUAUGUUGGAUUCAGUAUGAUUUUGUAUUUUUAA